AUGUGUGUGCGUGUGCACGCGGCGUCAGGUCAACUGGAGUAGUGCGUACUCCCGUAAGCCCUCCGCGUCGUCAGUUUUUUGAGUGUCUCGGUCCGUGCGGUGGGCUCUACCUCGCGCUGGCUGGCUGGCGAGGCUCGUCGUCAUCUACACACGUUAUUAUUGUUAUUAUUAUUAUGCCGUCAAUGCAGCAGUGUACCGCUCUAUUAUAUUGUAGUGGCGUACGCGUGCGAUAAUUACCAUUAAGUCAUCGUUACUUAUUUAACGCCAUCGCGGUAUGUGAUACUAACUAAUAUUAUAAUAUUAUUGCCGAGUGCAGACAUAUAUAGAAGGCGACAUAAUAAUAUUAUAAUACAAUAAUAAUAUGUUUCGUUGUUUUUGCGCGCGCGUGUAGCCGUGUGGCGCUAUUUUUAACGAUAAUAUAAUAAUAAUAAUAAUAUAGUGCCGUGAACCGUUGUGCACGAAGGUUUAUCGCCGGAAUCGUUCGCCUUCCCUUCGUUCGUUACUGUUUUUAUUACUGUUGUAGUAUUAUGAUGCGGUUGGCAAGCGAUUUGUGUGUUGUACCAUCACCGUUGCCGUAGUGGGCGCAACACGACGCGAAUAGGAUCGCAACCGGUGGAGGGGUCGGCCGAAAAAAAUAAGGAAACGAACACCGUAUAUCAAAGAUCGAACGGUGGAAGUCAGAAGUUCUGUCCGGGUGCUAUAGCCGGACGUCGAUGAUGCCAUUCGGCUGGUCACCGGGCAUCAACACCACUAGCAUCGGUAUCAAUCGCGCCUGCACUAGCACCAGUAGUACCGGCGGGAACGUCGGCGUGUUCGGCGAAUGGAUUGCGGCCGGACAACGCGACGGUAUCGCGUACAGGCCGUGUGUACCACGUACGCGGCAAGUCAUGUACCUGAAAUCAGUUGACAAUCCUAUCUGAAUGAUCCAGCGCAGCGGUGUCUCAAAAGAUGAGUGUGCUUGUGCCGAUUGAAAGGGGCGAUCCAGUUGGAUCACAGGGUGGGUCGCCACCGUGCACAGCCAGGCACAGGUUCACUCCUCCUGGAAAUCCCAGUACACCGACAGACCCACUGCCUGUGCCUCCGGACGUUGCCGAACCGAACGCGGCCAUUGAAACGCAAGUGACGAGCGCUCAUAAGCAUCCAUGCAUAUCUUGUUGGUGUUGUUGUUGUGGAUGCUCUUGUGUUUAUUUGCAUGCGUACAGGAGUAGGAUAUGCAAGUUAUGGGAUCGUUUUUGUUUCCCAUUAAAAGGUCAUCCCCCCAAAACAAACGGAAACGGGUCUAGCGGUGGCAUAAUCGAAAAUCCCGUAGAGCUAAGGCCUCCGUUGGACGAAAUACGAAGUUGGAGCAAAUCAUUUGACCGACUUCUAAAGUGUCCUGCGGGAAAAAAGAUAUUUCGUGAUUUCUUACGAUGCGAAUACAGCGAAGAGAACAUAUUGUUCUGGAUGGCAGUAGAAGAGUUAAAAAAAGAAUCGAAUCCUGAUGUAAUAGAAGAAAAAGCUCGGUUCAUUUACGAAGAUUACAUUUCGAUUCUAUCUCCUAAAGAAGUGAGUUUAGACUCUCGUGUUCGUGAUAUCGUCAAUAAGAACAUCAAUCAACCAUCAUCUCAUAUGUUCGAUGAAGCUCAGCUACAAAUUUACACGCUUAUGCAUAGGGAUUCUUAUCCAAGAUUUAUUAACUCAUCGCAGUACAAAAAAUUAGCCAAACUUGAAAAUGGAGCUACCGGUAAUGCUCCAAACAGUGGCCAACAAACCCCAACCAAACGCAAACAGAGCAAUAUAUGAAAAAUAAAUUUGGAUAAUUUUUCAGCGAUAAUAAUUCGUAUUUGGUGUUCAAGCCUGCGUUUGGACCCAUGUAUUUGGGACCAGAAUUGAUAAAAUGUUCGUAGAUUAACAUAUUAUACAGGUAGAAAAAGAAAAACUUUGUAUUUUAAACCGCAAUGUAAAAAUAAAUUAGGUUUUAAUUAUUAAGGAAAUAAAUGUUUUAUACAUAAUAAUUAAAAAUUUUAUUUCAUUCGCAACAAUACAUUUUUUUGUAUCUUAAAAAUAGUAGUUAUUAUAAUUUUGUAUCAUCACUAUCUUGUGUUUGUCAUGUGGGUACUUCCAUCGAAGUACCUAACUGUUUUUAUAUUAAACUUAUACAACACAAAUUCUUUUCUCUUAAAGUAUGCAAUGUUUAAUAAAUUAUUAUGUGUAAAUAUAAAACAAUAUAAUAAUUAAUGUCAUAUGUUAUAAAUAAGUUUAUAUUAAAACGAAAUUGUGUUACCUACAAAAAUUAAUGCUAUAUAAUUGCAUAUAAUAAUUAUUUAAGACUAAUAUACGCAAUACUUGGUAUUCAAUACAAUUUAAUUCGAUACAUUGAUGGUAUUAACUCAAUUUAAAUGUUUUAAUAGAAUCGUUAAUUUUUGUAAUUGUCAUACUUACUUCCGUUCUAUGAUUUCGUACAAACAAUGUAAUAGUAAAAUAUAAUUUACUACAUAAUCAUUUCUAGUCUAAAAAAAAGACUGUAUAAUUUUAGUUCAUUAAUAUGAUUACCUCUGUCAUUCUUAUAUUAGUUAUUUUUUAUUUAUUUUAUUUUUAUGUCAUAUAAGAAGCUUUUAACUGUGCCAAUUUAAUCUUAUGAGUUUAUUAUUAUGUUUUUUUUUUUUUAGUAUUGUGAAUGUGACAUUUAAAACAAAUUUAAAAUGUACAAUAUUACGGAACACACAAUUUCCUAGACUUGAAUUAAGGUGCACACAUUUCGCACACAUUUCUGAUGAACAAAUUUAGUAUGUUUCUUCAAAAUAUAGUAUAAUACAUAUUACAAUAUUAUAUUUAAUUCAAACUAAUAAUAACUAUUUUAGAUACACAAUAUAAUAUGUUUGACCGGUAAAAUUAACAGGGUACAACAUUUUCCUUGUUUCAUAAAAUAUUGUACUCCCAAGUUUGUCAUGAAAGACUAGUCAUCAUUCUUAAUGAUGACUACAGCAGCUUCAAUCCAAGUUCGAUAGUAGACUUUAAUAGGCAUAAUUUAAUAUUACUCAUUAAAACAAUACUAUAAUAUGUAAACAUUUUUUAGUCAUUUUACAUGCGUAGAACAUUUAUAUUGAAAUUAUAUAAUUCUUGAGAAUUUCUACCGUUCAAAAAAGCUGCAGUAACUUUUUUUUGUUAUCCUUUUAGUAUAACACCUCUAUAUUGUAUUAAGCACAACUUAACAAUUAAACAAAAAUAAUAAUGUAAAUAAUUCUUGAAUUUUUCGGUUCAUUAAUUAGAAAUAAAUGUGAAUAAUAUGAUCGGUAUGGGUACUCGGCUAAUAUAUAGUUGAAAUGGAAGUUAAGGCAUGUUCAAAAUUUUUUUUUUUUGUAUUAUACUUAUACGAGUUAAAUUGUCUAUAUAAAUUAUCUCGUUUAGAUCAUGGUAAUAGUAAUAAUUGUUAUAGGCUAACGAAUUAUAUUGAGUUAUCAAUAUGAAUGUUCAAUUUUAAAACAAUAAUAAUUAUUAUUAGUACUUAUUAAAUUUAUUACUAUCAUUUUUAAACAAUAUUUUAGUGCGUAAUAAUGUUAUUAUUACAUUAUAAGGAUAAUGAUAUAACACCGAUCUGUGAAUUUUUUUUAACACUCGUAAGAUUUUAUAGAAUACGAAAUGAUUAAUCUUAAUUAAAAUGACUGCUUUUAUUUCAAAUUAAAUACAAAACUGUAUGUUAAUUGAGUAUAUGAUUAUUAUUCUUCAUUUUUAUGUUUUAGACAAAUACAAAAUAAAUACAACAUAAUGAAAACAUAA